AUGGAGAAGAGAGCGUCCGUGUUGCCAGGCUCCUCUCUUUCCCUGUCCUACCUCCGGCUCUUGAUUCCGCCUCAUCGGUUGAUCUCAGCCGCGAUUUGGCAGACAGUGGACCAGAAGAUUAUCUCUGACUAUGGCCUUCUGGAGGAGUUUGUGUUCAGGGUGACUGAGAUAGUUCCUGAACUUCUUUCAACAAGGCAACGUGCAGAACUGAUCAUGGGCCUCAGAGCACGGCUGAUCCUAGAACUGUGUCGUUCGGAGGAUACUGCUCAGAUCCAGAUUGUCCAGCCUCAUUUGGACCGAAUGCAGGAACUGGAAACCCUGUGGACCGUGGUGACUCCAAAUGUAGAGAAUGAAGAAUCUGAGUCUCACUUCAUGGCUCUAGUUAAAAACCUGCUGAGCAACACAGACGAGAGGAGGAACUUCUAUAAUGAUAUUUUCCCUUGUGACUUUGGUCCAACGUAUGACAAGGCGAUCCAAACUCUGAUGUGGCUGUUUCUAUCUCGACUUGAAAAGCUGCUCCCAGUUCAAUCCCUGCAGCAGAUUGCAUCGCUUCUCGGUGACCCCUCCUGUGUCCUGAAUGAAUAUAUGGAGUCUUUCUCGGAUCCUGCAGAGCUCAAACUUUUGCUCGACACUUACAAAGACCUCAGUCAAUUAGAAAAUAUUGAUUGUCUCGUGGUGGAAAGUGGCAUUUUAUCAGCCUUAUGUCUGCCGUCAGAGGACCGCGUGUUAAUUGUUAGUGCUCAAGAAGUGCCAGAUUCUGGGGGUGCCGUAGAGUAUUCAAUUGAGAUGGAGGUGGAGUCCGAUCAGAAAGUCUUGGUUGGAUCGAGCUCUGAGGGCGUGGUCCAGUCUCCGUGGGUGGAUCUGGGAAAUGAAGUUAAAUCUGAAGUGAAUGAGGAAGUGGUGCAUUCAGUGGACAAUCAUCACUCUGAUAAAAGUGACUCAUUUGUUAUUGGAGAAGACGGGCAGGUGACUGUGCUGGAGGAGCAGGCCAAGAGGCGCCGUGGCCGUCCCCGAAAAGCUCCUCAGGAUGAAGACUUUGAAGUGAAAUUAAACAAGGAACAGCUGGAGGACCCGGACUUUGUGCUGGGGCAAAGACCAGUGCGAAAGAACCGUGGUUUAAAGAUGAAGCGUUUACUCUCUCAGUGGAAAAGAGCAAAGACAAAGGGCUCGAACGACGCCGAAAGUGUCUCUACAUCUGAAAGUGGAGACCAGGCCGAGAGAACGUGCAAGGUCUGCGGGACGGUGAUGACCCACCUGAAGCUGUUGGACCGCCACAUGAGCCAGCACGUGGAUGAGGCCCCGUACUCCUGCUUCUCCUGUGAAAAGGUUUACAAAAGUCUGCGAUUUCUACAGAAGCAUAGAUGUUCAGGUGUCGCAAAAGACAAAAACGAACAGCCAAACACAGACGCCGAUGGCCAAGAGGGGGCAGACGUGGAUGAGGCUGAUGAGGAGAUGGACGUGGGCGAAGACGGCAAGACGGAAGGGCCUUUCUACUGCCCCCAGUGCCGCGUGGAGUUCAAAUGUAGGCAGACGUUCAGAUUUCAUUUAAGAAAUAUCUGUUAUGAUGAGCAACAGGUGGAUCCGGAGAAGACUGAAGAUGACAAGCAUUGUUUCAAAUGUGAUCAGUGCGACAAAGCCUUCAAAUACAAGUCCACGUUGGACUCUCAUAAACAAACGCACAACCCCCUGUAUUGCCACGCCUGCAUGAAGCUGGUCCGGGACUCGGACGCUCUGGCGCUGCACAAAGAGUCUCACACUCCAUUUCAAUGUAAUCAGUGCGAGGAGAAUUUCCCAGUGUUCAAGGCUCUUCACAAACACUACGUGGACGUGCACAACCUCACGGAGCCGUACACCUGCGCUCACUGUCAGACCACUUUCGUCAGCCUCAAACGCUUUAUACGUCAUGAGUGGAAACACACGGGAGUGCACCACUCUGGAGAGACUGUCCUGGAGAAGCCCCCUGCGGCCUUCGCCUGUCAUCAGUGUGGGAAGAUGUUCACCUCCAGAAGAUGUUUGCUUAAACACGAUAACUUCCACCACAAAGGUCUGCGCUUCCCCUGCGAGUUCUGUGGAAAGGGAUUCUUUGGGAAAGAUGCAUUAGUGAGGCACACUCUGAUUCACACCGGAGAGAGGCCGUUUAAGUGCGAUGACUGUGACAAGUCCUUCAGGUCGUUGGCAGAGCUAAAAAUCCACCGGCGCUACCACACUGGUGAACGGCCUUUUAAAUGCACAAUCUGUCAGAAGGGCUUUGUUCAGUCGUGCUUCCUGACUCUGCACAUGCGAUCACACACAGGAGAGCGGCCGUAUAUAAUGAAUUUACUGCCGUCGAACCCACACGGGAACGGGCUUCUUUAUGCUGGGUUCAACCAGGACCACGGAUGCUUUGCCUGUGGGAUGGAGAAUGGAUUCCGAGUCUACAACACUGAUCCUCUCAAAGAAAAGGAAAAACAAGAGUUCCUCGAGGGUGGAGUUGGGCAUGUGGAGAUGCUAUUUAGAUGCAAUUAUUUAGCAUUGGUUGGUGGAGGAAAGAAACCAAAGUAUCCAACCAACAAAGUGAUGAUCUGGGAUGACUUGAAGAAGAAAACUGUUAUAGAAAUAGAAUUCUCCACAGAAGUAAAGGCUGUGAAACUUCGACGAGACAGAAUUGUGGUGGUCUUGGACUCGAUGAUUAAAGUUUUCACAUUUACGCACAAUCCACAUCAGCUGCAUGUGUUUGAGACCUGCUACAACCCCAAAGGUCUGUGUGUGCUGUGUCCGAACAGUAACAACUCGCUCCUGGCGUUCCCGGGCACACACUCUGGACAUGUGCAGAUUGUAGAUUUGGCGAACACCGAGAAGCCGCCUGUCGACAUUCCUGCCCACGAGGGGGUGCUGUGCUGCAUCGCUCUCAACCUGCAGGGAACCAGGAUCGCUACGGCUUCAGAGAAGGGAACCCUCAUAAGAAUCUUUGACACUUCAGCCGGUCAGCUGAUCCAGGAGCUGCGGAGAGGGUCUCAGGCGGCAAACAUCUACUGUAUUAAUUUUAACCAGGAUGCGUCCCUGAUCUGCGUCUCCAGUGACCACGGGACUGUGCACGUAUUCGCAGCUGAGGAUCCUAAAAGAAACAAGCAGAGCAGUUUGGCUUCGGCGAGUUUUCUCCCAAAAUACUUCAGCUCAAAAUGGAGCUUCUCCAAGUUCCAGGUCCCUUCAGGUUCUCCCUGUGUCUGUGCCUUUGGAACCGAGCCCAACGCCGUCAUCGCCAUUUGUGCCGACGGCAGCUACUACAAGUUCCUCUUCAACCAGAAAGGGGAGUGCUCCAGAGACGUGUACGCUCAGUUCCUGGAGAUGACGGAUGAAAAGAUCUGA